AUCGUCCUCCUUACCGUGUCUGCCGCCUGCGAGCACCCUGCAGGUUGAUGUUAAUGGGGAUGCUGAACGACCUCCGGGGAGAAGCUGCGUUCAAGAACAUGCCCCACUCCUAUCUCGGCCGCCUCCCAGCCCCAACAGGCUCCAGUGCAGUGGCGGUGAUCGACUGAGUGCUGUUUGUUCACCGGGGAACUCCCUGGUGUUUACCAAGGCUCAAAGGUCUCCUCCCCCCUGCUGAGCCUCUUCUGUAGGGGGGACCCGGUAUGAUCUCUGGUUUUUCCGUCUCUGUGAAGUUCUGACUUCGUGCAAUGUUGAGACAGAGUCCUCUAACUACGCAGGCCGGCAAUUGUAAUUGGACUCACGGUGUCUCCUGUUAUCUGAUUAUGCUGCUGAACAACAUCUCUGAACAACACAUGCAGACAGAAGUCGGUGUAUAAAAAGGCAGCGAGCCGCUGAGCACAAUGGAUAAUCACCAGAGGAGGAAUUUAACUUUUCUUACCAUUGGACUGAUAUUUAUGCUGAGCGGCAUUGAGUACGCCGUCAUCCUGCCCACAAUAUGGAGGUAUCUCCAGAUUUUGGAGGCCCCUCCGUACUUCCUGGGCCUGGGACUGUCUGCCUUCAGUCUGAGCGCGCUCCUUACAGGCCCGCUCUUUGGGUUCUGGUCGGACCGGAGCAAAACUACAAAGUCCAUCGUCCUUUUCUCCAACCUUUUCGAGAUUGCCGGUAACUUCAUGUAUUUUAUCGGAUAUUCAAAGUGGCUGUUGCUCUGCAGUCGGCUUGUAGCAGGUGUCGGUGCAGGAGCGGGCUCCUCCAUCUUUGGCUUCCUGACUCGGAGCACGCGCCCGGAGGAGCGCGCCGGUAUCUUCGCAGCCAUCAUGGCCGGUCGACAAGCUGGCCUCCUUGUCGGGCCGGCGUUCAACCUGUUCCUGCGGCUGUGUGAUUUCAAGCUGGGGCCCUUUGUUGUCAACAAAUAUACGUCUCCUGGGAUCUUCAUGUGCCUGCUGUGGGUGCUGCUCCAGUUUGUCGUCCUGGCCAUGUACUGGGACGUGCCGCCCAUCAGCUCGGAGGCGGGCGCGGUGAUGGUGGAGAUGAAGCAAGAGGAGGAGGGCUGCGGCGACGAGGAGGCGCCGCUGAUUGGGGCCAACGUGGAGCUGCGGCACACCUACAGGGCCGUCAACACCGACCAGUUGGAGAGCUCUACCUGCUCGUCCGAGACGCAGCCCGCCGACGGUGCCUCGGCGGCCUCGGACCCCUUCAAAAACUUCAGUGUCAGCAGAGAGUUCCUGAGAGAAGAGGUGGUUGUUCUCCUCACGGCUCAGUUCAUCACUCUCUUCAAUCAGACAGCCCUGGAGACCAUGGUGACGCCUAUGACGCAGCGCUACUUUAGUUUUGGCGAGCUGGCCAACAGCCUGAUGUACAGCCUGUGCGGGGUGGAGGUCAUCCUGGGCUUCUUCUUCGUCCGCUGGCUGAGCAGGAAGGUGGAGGACCGAGCCGUGCUGGCCGUGGGCCUGUUCAUCUGCUGCACCGCCUGCGUCUGGUGCCUCGCCUUCCUCGGCAACCCCCGAGGUGGUUAUGGAUGGGAGCUGUCGGCCUUCAUCAUCGGAGUGUUUCUGCAGCUGCUGGGGCUUCCGUUCGUGGCCGUGUCUCAGGUGUCUCUCUUCUCCAAAGUCACAGCAGAGAAAACACAAGGAUUCAGCCAAGGUGUCCGACGCUCAGUUGGGGGCCUGGCCACCAUCUUGGGUCCCCUGUGGGCUGGAGGACUGACCAAUAAUUUGUACAUCAUGCUGGGCAUGAUGCUCGCGCUCCUCGUCAUGAUCUCAGUUAUGACAGCGCUGUCCUACGAGCGCCUGACUGAGCGCAGGGCAGUGCAGUGUGCUCAGAGCUCUGACAGCGGAGGAUAAAGCUGCAGUCUGUCUGAAGAGCAGGCUAAAGACGGACACAGGGAGUGCCCUGCACUUCUGAGGGAAUCAAUACACGUUGACUGCAGAGGAAACUGUAUGAGUGUGGAAUAAAAAUGUUCAAAAACA